ACCCCCUGAGAUUAUUCCGCGUUCACUCAGAAGAAGAGUAGCUGGGCUCAUCCGAAAGGAGGACUGCACCUGGAACUCAGCGCCCAAGAAGUCGCCCUGAGGACCUGCAGAGGAGCCUGUAUCCUGGUGGCCUGGGGCGGCUGCACUACUGGAGCAAGAUGACCACUGCCACCCCGUUGGGGGGUACCACCUUCUUUUCACUGAAUGCGACCACCAGAGAAGAAGACUUUCUGUACAAAAGUUCUGGAGCCAUCGUUGCUGCCAUUGUGGUGGUUGUCAUCCUCAUCUUCACUGUGGUUCUGAUCCUGCUGAAGAUGUACAACAGGAAAAUGAGGACAAGGCGGGAGCUGGAGCCCAAGGGCCCCAAGCCAGCCUCCCCUUCUGCCCUGGGCCCGAACAGCACCACCAGCCAACAUCCAGCCACGGUGACCUUCAGCCCUGUUGACAUCCACGUGGAGACUCGGUGACCCCCACCCUGGUGCUGUGAUGGCCACUGUCCAAAGAGCCUUCUCCAGCCAAGACCACGAAGCACAUUUGUCCUCUGGCAGCUUUACUUUGAGUCCUUUCUGGUCAGGUCCACAGGGGCAUCUCUUAUGCAAUCUGGUGCUUCAGGCAACCCCCAGCCCCGUCAUGCCCUGCUCCACUCCAGCAAUGCCCAUCUCCCUGCUGCCAACCUUCCAAAACGCUGUGGAACAUUUUUUGGUCAUCUGAGGUAGACCCAAGUUGGGAACCCGCUGAUGUGGGGUUGGCUCUCUCCUCACAAACAUGAUAGCUAGACAGACAGACGGACGGACAGGUAACCCAGGAAUCUUCUAGUCAGCAGUCAGCAGUCAGACAUGUUUCUAAGAAUGUUACAAUAGAGUCUGCUUCUGGGGUCAUGCCAGAGUAAGAGCCAUAUCCACAGCAUUUGAGAACAAAAUAUUUGAUUCCACAAUCAGGCUCAAGGGAACUAACUUGGACAAACUGAGCAGAAAACCAACUUUAUAGCUCGUUCAUUUGUAACUUGUUCCAGUAGUAGAUGAGCCCUCACUAGCUCAUAAUGACUGGUCAGCACAUUUUUCCCUCUUUAAGAAAAGUUAUGGGAAAAAUUGAAUUCUUCUCAAAAGGUUUCUACUUUAUUAGUGAAGAAUCAGAGUAAAAGGAAUGGGUUGACCUUGAAGAAUAGUGGCCUGAAGGGCAAAAGCUUGUUGCAGUGUCCAUGAGCCUGGGACGGGCCUGGUGGCCAGUCAGGGCCACUUCCUCCUGCUCCGGGGCUGGAUCUACCCUGACUCAGUCUCACUUCUUGGCUCCGCUCUGCGUGCAUUCUGAGCAAUCCUCACUCUCCAGGUAGCACUUUACCUCCGAGGACCAGUAUUUGAAAUGGAUCAGGUUACGACUCAAUUUGUAUUACCUGUGCCCUUGCUGAUCACUUUGCAGAGAUUCUGGACAUAUUCAAAGUACCACAUUCACAAAGCAUCUCUGUACAGGACUGAUCUCUUUGAUUCCUUAACCUGGAGAACAAUCUAUUGAGAAGGGAAAACAUUUUGGAAAUAAGACCUGCCUUCCACGCACUACUUCCUGGUCGUGUGGCCUUGGAAAGUGACAUAACCUCUCCACAUCAGGUUUCCUAACCCUGAUGUGGAAAUGGUAACAUCUGCCUCACUGAGUUACUAUAACAAGUUGAGGAUGUACUAAGGCAGCUCAGAUAGUGCCUUACAAGCAGCAAAUACUUGGUAAAUGGGAGCCAGCAUUAUUAUUAUGCUAUUUCUUCAACUGCAGGAUAUACAUUUGUUCAUAUUUUAAUGCAUAUGAAAUCAGAAUAUGUCUUAAAAUCAAUAGGUCCAUUACCAUAGUUGUAUUUUUUUCCUCUCUCUCUCAAAAAGAUGUCUUAUAAUCAAUUAAUUGUGCAUCUUAAAAUUGAAGGCAUCUUGGAAACAGGUAAUAAAUCUUUAUUCUGUUAUAGAAAGAAACAUCCUCUGACAUUUACCUCAAAUUCUAGAAGUCUCCCCCUCCUGGGGUCAGAAAUCCCUUUGUAGGGGGUAAAUUGAGGAUCAGGGAGAUAAGACUGGCCCGAGGUCACCCAGAUCAUUUCAUCCCACCAUAAAAAUGCUCACUUGAAUUUGUCUGGAGAAAUACUGGCAAAUCCUUUCUCCCCAGAUAUCUUUUCUCCCUACUGUGUUUAAAUAUCCACCAAGUACCAGGAACAUUGCAAAGUGCUUUCACAGAUAAAUUACCUCCUAGGAUUUAUUUUUCCCAAUAACCCUGGGAGGUCCUAUUUUUCCCAUUUGCAGAUAGAAAUUACAAACUCAGAAAGACAAAGUACCUGCCCAAUGUCCUACAGCUAGUAAUUUGCAAAGGUAAGACUCAAACCCAGAUCCCUUUGACUCACUCCAGAGUCCAUCUUUUUGUUUCUUCACACUCUUCCCUAACACCCUGGCUCAAAGAACAUGUUUUUGUUUUUGUUUUUUUGUGGGUGAACAAGGCUUGUCUAUGUGUCUGAGUGGAGGUAAGAGGUCUAGCUUCUAAACCAAAAGUGGGAGCAAAGCCACUUGGGUGGCCACCUCUGGGCUUCCAUGAUUGUAGCCAAAGAAGCCUUUCUAAACCUGUCUAAGCUCUAAGAAUUCCUGCUUCAUUCCCUCCUACACUUAUCCCCAAAGAGCAAGGGGUGGGUGGCAUCAAACCUGGGCAAAGCCAUUUCUUUAAAGACUCAGUCCCCAAAUAGAUAUGUUCCCCAAACCUACUCUGCUUUAAAGAAAAAAAAAAAAUGUUUGGCAUGUUCCAGCCCAAAACCAAAUUCUUCUACCCCUGGUGGAAUCUUCUUGGAAUCACUAGAGAAAUUAUCCUCUGGUAUAUGCUCUUUUUCUAAAAGAAAGCUCAGGAAUGGAGAAAGGGUGGGUAGGUAGAGAGGUAUAAGGGAGGCAGAGAAAGGGGUUUAAGUGUUGUGUUUUUAACUAAUGAUGAUAACUCAAUAAACAUCCUUUAAGGGC